AACCACCAAACCUAGCCCCCCCUCUCUCUACCCUCACCCUCUCUCUCUCUCUCUCUCUCUCUCUCUCACUGUAAUAACUUUUUCUCUCCACCAUAUUUUCGAUAAUUUCUUGAAUCUACUUUCGAUCCGUCCUCAUCCGGAGCCAUGGACCCUUCCUCGAUCCCUCCUCCUUCGUCCACCUUUCCAGCUGCCAUCUCUCUCUUCCCUGUCAACUAUGCUCCUGUUCCGGCCUCCACCACCGCCACCGCGGCCGCCGUCGCACCCGUCGCGAAUUCGGCUCCGGCCGUCGAUUCUUCUGAUGCAGUUACCACCCAGCCUGCUGCUCCGAGUUCGAACCACCCUCCCUAUUCUGAGAUGAUUUAUGCAGCAAUUGAGGCGCUGAAGGAGAAAAAUGGGUCUAGCAAGAGGGCUAUUGCGAAAUACAUAGAGCACGCAUACCCUAAUCUCCCACCGACUCACCCUGCUUUGUUGACCUACCACCUUCAGCGCUUAAAGAACAAUGGACUCCUUGUUAUGGUCAAAAAGUCUUAUAAGCUUCCUAGAUCUGACGGUUCUCCGUCUACUGCGCAGAGAGGACGUGGCAGACCGCCGAAGCUGAAGCCUCAGCCGCAGGCCCAACUCCUGGCUCAGGCUCAGGGCCAGCCUCACGCUCUGGCUUCGGCUCAGCCAGAGCAGCAGCCGGAGUCUGUAUCCAACGCGCCAAAAAAUCUGCAAAAUGCGGAGCCAGUUUGGGUUGCCCUAGGGCUUGCUGAUGAGCCCACGGAAGUGAAGAAACGAGGCCCGGGCCGUCCUCGCAAGAGUGCCGUGGCAGAGGCAGUUGGUCUACCUGGAACGGCUGCUCGGAGGGGCCGUCCGCCGGGAACUGGGAGAUCUAGGUUGCCAAAGAGGCCUGGCCGUCCUCCUAAGCCGAAAUCUGUGAUGGCAAUCUCUAAUGGGAUAAAGCGUCGACCUGGUAGGCCGCCCAAAAUCCAAUCUAAGCCUACAGUUAUUCCCUUCGCCGCUCCGGCCUCUGCUCCCCAAGCGCCUACUUCACUCCCCGCUCAAGAAGGAACUGUGCCGGAUGCUACUGGGCCAAUUCUCGCUCCUAGGCGUAGAGGACGCCCGAAGAAGUAUGGAGUGCAAGCUCCUGGAGUCGCUUCUCAAUCUUUUAUUGGCCGUGGCCGUGGCCGUGGGCGAGGACGUGGGCGCGGUGUCUACCGUAGCUCUACUGGAAGACCUGUUGGUCGGCCUAGGAAGGGAACAACCCCUGUUUCUGCUGCUGCACAAAAAGCUGCUAAUGAAGAGUUCAAGAGGAAACUUGAAUAUUUUCAAUCCAAAGUGAAGGAAUCUCUUGCUGUGAUUAAGCCUCAUUUCAACCAUGAAAGCCCUGUCACUGCUAUUGCAGCAAUUCAAGAUUUAGAAAUACUGGCUACCCUGGACCUUAAUGCACCGUUCAAUGAUGAUGCACAGUCAGCGCAGCAACUUCCUCAAGUGCAAGUUCAGCCACAGCCACCACCGCAGCAAUCAGAACAGCCGGAGUUUCAACCACAGCAAAUGCCACCACCGCAGCUGUACCAACAUCAGUUGCCACAGUCUCAUGUCUUUCCUCAGGCAUUUCAGCAGCCACAGAUUUUCCAGCAGCAACUACCGCAGCCUCAGCUUUAUCAACAGCCAAUGCAGCAUGUACCAUUGCAGUCGCAGCAGCCGCAAUUGUUUCAGCCACAUGCAUGAGCCCUCAAGCUAGGAGUUGCGUGGCCUCAAAUAAUGAACACCUUGUACAACUGAUUUGGAAAGGCACAGCAGGUAAAAAGAUCUGUAAAGGGAGUAGGAAGUUGCUGAACUGAUUUUUUAUUGAGUGAAAUGACUGUGUCCGUUGAAGUUUGUUGUUUGUGAACUUGUUUAGAGCCACUCUGCAGUAAAACUUAGAGUACUGAUACUGAUUAUUCUGGUACUUAAGUAAUUCUUGUUGGACUAUUGUAGCUUAAUUUAUUCGCAUCAAUGCUUGUCAAA